AUGUCUGCUAGGGUACGACUUUCUCCGGCGUGGCUUUCGCCUUUGCUACCAACAACGAGGCAAAGGAGGACAUUAUUACGGAAUGGCCCGGUGCUGGUUCAUACACAAAGCAAAAGGUUGGAAUCUCGGAGGCGUGGGGUGUGUGUGCAGUAUGAUCAAUUGCGACUGACAAUGCUUCUCUUCAAGAUUCCUACCGUCCUCUACUACGAUCAGUACCAGAAGGUUGUCGGAUGGGGCCCCGAUAUCGCCGAUGCUCUCGCUCCCACUGGAUACCCCAAGCCCGGUGUGCAAAAGGUCGAGUGGUUCAAGUUGCAGUUGAUGCUUUCCGGCAACACCUAUAUCGACCCCAUUAACCUGCCUCCUCUGCCACCCGGAAAGUCCGAGAUUGAUGUUGCCGCCGACUACCUCUUCAAGCUCCGCCAAGCUAUGCGCUCAGCGCUGCAGAAGACGCUUGGUGAAGUGUUCAACCGUGAGGAAAGGAACAUUCGUUACUAUCUGACAGUCCCUGCUAUCUGGAACGAUGCCGGCAAGGCCGCAACUAGAGCCGCUGCCAUUCAGGCCGGCUUCCUCAGAGAUGAGAACGAUAACCGCCUAACUCUUGUCUCCGAGCCUGAGGCGGCAGCUAUCUUCUGCUCCAAGACCGGUCUUCUCAACCUGAAGGUGCACGACGCUGUCCUCAUCGUCGAUUGUGGUGGUGGUACCGUCGAUUUGAUCGCCUACGAAGUUGAAGACGAGAACCCCUUCACUGUAGCCGAAUGUACCGCUGGAUCCGGUGACUCUUGUGGUUCAACAGCUCUAAACCGUAACUUCAGCAACAUUCUGCGCACCAAGAUCCGCAAGAUGAAGCUUCCUGAUGGGUCCAAGACUGCCGGCCGUGUGUACGCCAAGUGUAUCAUGGAUUUCGAGAACCGUAUCAAGGCCGAUUUCCGCAACAAUGGUCAAAAGUGGGCCGUCGAUGUUGGCAUUGAGGCUGAGUUCCCCGAGGCUGGUAUUGAGGAAGGUUACAUGACCUUCACCAACGAGGAGAUUCUGCAGUGCUUCGAGCCCGUCGUCAACCGAAUUCUGGAGCUUGUUAGGAACCAGAUCAUUGCCAUCCAGGCCCAGAACCGUACCCUUCAGAACAUUCUCGUUGUCGGUGGUUUCGGUGCGUCCGAGUACCUCUUCCAACAGAUCAAGCUUCACGUCCCUCCCCAAUUCCAGUCCAAGGUCGUCCGACCUAUGGACUCCGUUGCAGCCAUUGUUAAGGGUGCCGUCACUGCCGGUAUCACCGAGCGCGUCGUCACUCACCGUGUUGCCCGUCGCCACUACCUCAUGGCUACUCUUCAGCCCUUCAAAGAGGGAUACCACCCCGAAGCCUACCGUGUGCCAUCCCUUGAUGGCAAGGAUCGUUGCAAGUUCACCCGACAAAUCUUUGUGCAGAAGGGCCAAAAGGUCAAGAUUGGCGAGCCCGUCAAGGUUUCCUUCUUCCGACAGGUCGCUCCUGGCGCCACUCUCAUGUACGAGGACAUCCUCUACGCAUGUGAUGACGACGUCUGCCCUGAAUACACCAAGGAUCCUCGUAUCAAGGAAGUUGUCACCCUCACAUCCGAUCUCUCACGCAAGAAUCUCGAGAAGGACUUUGAGAGGAUGGACACGCCACAGGGCACGUUCUACCGUGUCUACUUCGACAUUUACCUGACACUCGACGGAUCAGAAUUCAGCGCAGAACUAGUUUGCCAAGGCGAGGUUAUGGGUCGCUGCAGAGCUCGCUUCAGAUAA